CUGAUGUAUGCUCGCCAUUUUGGUUUGCUCCAGUAUCAACUCGUCACGAUAUUUUCGCCGGUAUUUCUGUUAAACGAUUACGCAGUUUAAUUUUUUGAAAUGGCGCAAAAUAAAUUCAGCGAUUUGGCGUCACGUUUUGGCAAAGGCACGAACGGCGUGCCUCUGAGCGUGAAGUUCCUUGCUGCUGCUGGCGUAGCGGCCUACGGCGCUUCCAAGUCGAUGUAUACAGUGGAGGCUGGACACAGAGCAAUCAUAUUCUCCAGAUUGGGAGGUAUUCAGAAGGAUAUUAUGACUGAGGGCUUGCAUUUUCGUAUUCCAUGGUUCCACUAUCCAAUAAUUUAUGAUAUUAGAAGUAGACCUAGGAAGAUCUCCUCGCCGACAGGAUCCAAGGAUUUGCAAAUGGUCAACAUUUCACUUCGUGUACUCUCACGUCCUGAAGCAUCCAUGUUGCCAGUCAUGUACCGGCAACUUGGUCUUGACUAUGAUGAAAAGGUAUUGCCUAGUAUUUGCAACGAAGUUCUGAAAUCUGUUGUUGCAAAGUUCAACGCUUCGCAGUUGAUCACUCAAAGACAGCAAGUGUCCAUUAUGGUACGCAAAGAGUUGACCGAGCGUGCCCGAGAUUUCAAUAUUAUUCUCGAUGAUGUCUCGAUAACGGAACUUAGUUUUGGCAAAGAGUACACCGCUGCAGUCGAAGCUAAGCAAGUGGCUCAGCAAGAGGCCCAACGAGCGGCUUUUGUAGUGGAAAGAGCCAAACAGGAGCGACAGCAAAAGAUUGUACAGGCAGAAGGAGAAGCAGAAGCGGCCAAAAUGCUUGGUAUAGCUGUCGGGCAUAAUCCUGGAUAUCUGAAGCUGCGUAAAAUUCGAGCUGCGCAAAAUAUUUCUCGGACGAUUGCCAGUUCCCAGAAUAGAGUAUAUCUUAACGGCAACAGUCUAAUGCUGAAUAUACAAGAUCCCACCUUUGAUGAGAGUUCGGAUAAACUGAAAAGUCACGAAGGUGUGAACUGGAAGAGUUGGGAUGAGGCGACUGAGCAUGCCAUGCGGAGCCUAAAUACCAGUUCUCAACGAGCACUGCCGUUGAGUAGUAAUGCCAAGUGGUUUGACGAUUUCGAAGCUCGACCACGUAUGCCACAGACCUCCAUCACCCCCUUCUUACUGGAGUCGGCCGACAACAGUGCAAAGCGGAUAGUACUGUGACAAUAAGAGAGAUCUUGUGACGCGAACAUAUCCUUUACCCUACACGAAUUUCACACCUUAAUCGACCAUGAUCCUCUCGAUGAACAUUAUUCUAUUUUUUUAUCUCUCUAUGAUCGACAUAGAAUAAAUUUGUAGUAUAACGAA